AUGAGAAGAACAAGAACCGCAAUCAGCGCUGGUCAGCAGCCGGCGCGGGGAGAAGGGCAAGCCACGGGCGGACGAAGUGGACUUGCGCAGAUCUCUCGAAUAGUGCCAAGAGAGCGACUGGAAGAAGAAGAGUGA